GGCCAUGGUUGAGGAGACAGGGGAAGAGAGAGGGGCAGCCAUGGUUGAGGAGGUAGGGGGGGAUGAGAGAGAGGCGGUCAUGGUUGACAAGGAAGGAGGACAAAUGUAUGUCAAUCAGAAAAGGAAGGGUGAGAAAGGAGGACCAUCAAGUUCAGGUGAGAGAGGGAGUAGUGUGGAGGGUACAGGAGCUAAAGGCCUUCAGCCUAUAGCUGCUCCCAUGAUGCAUAGUGUUCAGGCCUGUGAGGGGUUUUCAUCAAUGGACUGGACUUCUGUACCCAUGGAUACCUGUAAACCCAUGGAGGUCACACCCACUCAGCCAGAGGAGUGGAGCAUCUCUGGAGGGAAGUUCAUAUGUUGUGUGAAGGUAAGGAUAAAGAAGGAGCUGGCACCCUCUGAAGCCUCCUGCCAGGAGGGGGCAGUAGAGGAAGCCUACAUGAGUCUUCUACAAGCUCUGUCUCUAGGAAAAACAACUACACCAGGUUGUGAGCGUCAGCGUGUGCUAGAGUUCUUCAAGCAGUCAGAAUGUGUCCCCCCGGUGGAGGAGAGUGACAUCACAGCUGAGAGGAAACACAGGUGCAAACUAAGCAUCAUGGGAGAACUCUCUUUCCACAGUCUAAAAGGGGCAGCUAAAAAGCAGCAGGCAGAACAUAAUGCAGCUAAGGAGGCCCUGAGACAUCUGAAAGGUCUGCUCGGAGGAAACAGACAAAUCCCAGAUUCAAGUGAGAACUACAAAGGUAGGCUGCAGGAGCUAGUCAUCAAGCAUGGGGGAGGAGUCAACGACAUUGCAUACCAUACAACCGAGAAUCACAACACUACAGCAGCAGGUCAGGUCACAAAGGAAAGCAGAGUGGUCUGUGGUUCCAACCCACGUGCAGAGGGGUCAGUUAAACAUGCUGUUGCCACGGAGACUACACCUGAAAACCGUGACCCACCUCAGGAUGAAAGAACUUCCAAGAUGCACUCUGACAUACUGACAGGGAUGAAACAGUGGCUGGCGUGUUCGGGUCUGCGUGAUGUAGAGUGUGAGGAUGUGACUGUAGAGCAGAGGUAUGAGUGGAGAGUUUGUGUGGGGUUUGAAGGUUUUACCCUCCAGAUCAGGGAGACGUUUGGUUCUAAGAAGGAGGCGAUACGCCAUGCCUACCUCCGCUUGGGGCUCGCAGGACAGUUCUGCCACCAGGAUGAGUUGAAAUCCAAAGAAAAAAUGAAUCGUUUCUUCGCCAAGCAUUCCUUCUCUAAACCUGGGGAGACUGUACACGAAACCAAAACCGGACCUAGUUUGACAGGACUUAGUUUCUCCUGCUCUCUCACUGACAUCACCUGUGUGUUCACCUACUGUGGAGAGGGUUCUACGGAGGCUGCAGCUCAUCUGUCUGCUGUACAGAAAGCUCUUUCCUGCCUGUGUCCCCUCUUUGGCUAUGCAAGUCUUUCCAUGGACAGUGUAGUAGAUGAACAUGAAAGACUCCGGACUCUGCUGGAAAAAGAAAACCUUAAUCUAGCUAAAUCCGUUCCAGAAAGAACUUGGUUCAGGAGUUCAGCCAAGCUGAAAUUUAAAAGGUACAGUGUAGAGACAGAGGGCCAGCAGAAUAAGAGAGAUACCAAAAACCAACUUAGCAGGCGUUUACUACGACUACUGGGAGAGGAUACAGCCUCCAGCAAUGUUUCCCCCAAGAAAACUAUGGAAGAGUGGUUUGUAAAGAACAAGCUGGAGAAACCUCAGUUUGAAGAAACAGAUGGGAAGUUUGGGACCAGAGUCACCUUUUCAGCCCCUGUUCACUGCAUCACAGAUUGGCAGGACAGGUAUGAGGAAACAGAAAGGCAACUGGUGAAGGAGCUGGGGAAGAAGAUCCAAUACUUGAGUGAUGACAGCAGUAACCCUUGAUUCUACUACGUAGGACUGGAUUAGGUCUUGAGUAGGGAUACACCUCUGUAGAUGCACAGUCAAAUAGACCCAGUAUGGUUGUUGAUCCAGCUGCAAGUGUCACACAUAUUCAUUGUACUCAUUCUGAUUUUUAUUUUAAAUAUAUUUCAAACCUUAUCAUGUAUUUGGUGAUGGAAAGACAGAGGGCCAACUGGUGACUUUGUCAAUUGGUUCGGAAUGACCAUAUUCAUAAACAAGGUCAUUGAAAGUUAUUCACUUUGAUAAUUCAAAGUGAAUCAAUGAAUUAUAAAUGUUCUAGCCGUCCUCUGAGGAUGUACUACUUUAUAACAGGUGAGAUGAGUCUUGCAAUCUGGUUUUCAGGCUUUUGGUUCGGGUUGGUAAUUGCUACUUCUGCAUACAAAUAGAAACCUGUGUAAACACUAAUAUAUGAAUGUUACAAAUAUACUCUUGAGUCACACCUUCUUUAGCUGUUUGUUUACCCGUCCAUAUCAAAUGGCGAAGAAUGACCAGAUUGACCCCUUGCUAUUAGACUUGAACCCUGUUCAUUUGAUGCUUUGUAUGAGUAAAUGCCACAGAAGUUUUAUCAGAAUGAUGUAACUUAGAUAUGAAUGUGUAGGCCUCGGCCUUUGGAUGAAAGAGUUAUCUGUGCUGGUCUCAGCUUUACAAUUUGUGUUGGAAAAAGUAGAACAAAGACACAUUCUGAUAACAUCGUCACCAGAGUUAGGAGAAAGAAAGAGGAGUACCAGUUGGCACUUGAUUUCUGAUCCUUUUCUGAUCCACCAUUUUUGUAAUGCUCUGUUCUUGCCUGCAAGCUUGUAUUAAACUCGAUCAAACAUCA